AAAAAAGUUAAUUUUCGUACGUAAUACCGUUUCAUUGAAGAAAACGACAAGUCGUUAUAUGUAAAUAAUAGAGGUUUUCCGGAAGAGGGGGAAGAAAGAAGGCAGUCCAGACUUCAGUCCUGGGUUGGGUUGUUUCAGAAAUCAUUCACAUAAUGGAAGCUACUAUGAUGAGAUACUGCUCUAAUAGUAUUAGUAAUAAUGGUCUUGUACUCAAAGCCCUCAAACCUCUCCAAUUCAAACUUACAAACCCACCUCAGUGCUCCAUCUCUUCUCACUCUCUCCACUCUGAUGAUGAAUUAGGUUCUUCUGUUAGGAGGGUAUAUGAUGGACUGUUAUUGGAUGCUGGGGGUACCCUUUUGCAGCUGGCAAAGCCAGUCGAAGAGACUUAUGCCACAAUUGGUGCCAAAUAUGGUCUGACUACUACUCCUGCUGAAAUAAAGCAAGGGUUUAAGAGGGUUUUUUCAGCUCCAUGGCCUGAAAAGCUUCGUUACCAGGGAGAUGGGAGACCAUUUUGGAAACUUGUUGUUUCUCAAGCCACUGGAUGUUCUGAUAUUGAUUAUUUUGAAGAAGUUUAUGAGUACUAUGCUAAUGGUCAUGCUUGGCAUCUUCCUUGUGGAGCUUAUGAAACGAUAAACCUACUUAAAGAUGCUGGAGUUAAAGUUGCUGUAGUAUCCAAUUUUGACACUCGCUUGAGGAAGCUCUUGAAGGACCUCAAUGUUAUAGACCUGUUUGAUGCAGUCAUUAUAUCUUCAGAGGUUAAGUAUGAAAAACCAGAUCCAAAGAUAUUUGAAACAGCUUUAGAUCAAAUUAAUGUGAAGGCUUGCAAAGCUGUACAUGUUGGAGAUGAUACGAAGGCAGACAAGGUUGGUGCCAACGCCGUUGGGGUCGAUUGCUGGUUAUGGGGAGUUGAUGUGAAGACAUUCUCAGAUAUUCAAAAUGGCAUUCUCAUUUCCGAGUCGUAGUGCUCAUUUCUUGAUAUUGAUUCAGGUUUCUUUGUUCAUGACCUGUAUCUUUUAUUAUGCUUUCAAUUGUAAACUCAAUUUCUUCAUAAAAGGAAAAUUAACUAGCCAAUUUUACAAA